AUGCCUGUGUUAUAUAAUUUAACUCUUCAGAAGCCUACAGCAAUUGUUAAUGCUGUACACGGUAGCUUCAGCGCUCCGAGAGUCCAAGAAAUAAUAUGCAGCAGAGGAAAAGUUUUAGAGUUGCUGCGGCCUGAUCAAGAAGGUCGCAUGCAUACAGUUUGUUCAGUGGACGUCUUCGGCAUCAUUCGAAGCUUAGCGACAUUCAGACUUACAGGCGCUGUCAGAGAUUAUGUUGUAUUAGGAAGCGACUCAGGCCGCUUAGUUAUCUUAGAAUUCAACACAAAGAAGAAUUGCUUUGAACGCAUACACUGCGAGACAUACGGCAAGACAGGAAUACGAAGAGUUGUUGCGGGCGAAUAUGUAGCUGUAGAUCCUCGAGGACGAGCGCUGAUGAUAGCUGCAGUAGAGAGACAGAAGUUUGCGUAUACAUUAAAUAGAGAUAAUAAGGCUUCAUUAACAAUAUCGUCUCCUUUACCUGCACAUAAAGCUAAUGUAUUAUGUCUUGAUCUAUGCGGGCUUGAUGUUGGAUAUGAAAACCCUCUAUUCGCAACACUUGAGCAGCCUUAUCCUUCAAAUAACAAACAGGGAGGAGCAGCAGCAACAGCAGCAGCAGGAGAAGGACGAGUAUUAUGCUUCUGGGAGGUAGAUUUAGGGUUGAAUCAUGUAGUAAAGAAAUCAUCUUAUGCUGUACCUGCAUCUGCUCAUUGUUUAAUCGCAAUACCUGGCGGAAACAGCUAUGAAGAAGGCCCUGGAGGUGUCUUAGUAUGCUGCGAGAAUAUAUUAAUUUAUAGAAAGAUAGAUCAAGAAGAAUUAGCAUGUGCUUAUCCUCGUAGAUUAGAAACAGGAGGAGAUAAAGGUUUAAUGAUUACAGCUCAUGCUGUUCAUCGUAUGAAAGGGUUUUUCUUUAUUUUAAUUCAGUCGGAGUGCGGGGAUCUAUAUAAGAUUGAAGUCCAUCAUGAUGAAGGUGUUGUUCGAGAUAUUGUAUGCAGAUAUUUUGAUUCUUUACCUGUAGCAAAUGCAUUAUGUGUCUUAAAAUCGGGCUUCCUAUUUCUUGCUGCUGAGUUCGGUAAUCAUAUAUUAUAUCAAUUUACUGCUAUCGGUGCUGAUGCGACAGACGCAAGCUGCUCUUCUUCUCAUCCUUUAGGACGAGAUGCAGUUAUUGCUUUUAAGCCAAGAGCUUUAAAGAAUUUAGUUAUAUCUGAUGAACUUGUAUCCUAUUCACCUAUUAUAGAUAUGCAUAUUCUUGAUGCUCAGAAGACAGGAGGAAGACAAAUAUAUCUUCUUUGCGGUAGGGGUCCUUCGUCAUCUUUAAAGAUAAUGCAGUACGGUGUAGCAACAGAAGAACUAGCUGAUAAUGAGUUACCCGGACGACCUAAAGGGGUAUUUACAUUAAAAGAAACAAAUGAAAGUGCAUUCGACGGAUAUAUUAUUGUUUCUUUUGAGGGAAGCUCUUUAAUAUUAAGAGUAGGCGAAACAAUUGAGGAGAUGAGUGACUCGCCUUUUAUAUCUAAUGCUGCUACUCUUUAUGCUUCUUUAUUAUUCGAUGACUCUUAUAUUCAAGUAAUAGAGAGUGAAGUCCGUCACAUUAAAAAGAACUCUGCAGGGCAGUAUACUGUUUCUCUCUGGAAGCCUUCAGGACUAAGAAGAAUAAGAUGCGUAACAGCAAACAAAAGACAGAUUGCUGUAGGCUUAACAGGAGGAGAUUUAAUUCUAUUUGAACUAGAUGAGGCAGGAACAUUGAUAGAAUGCAGCAGCAAAUCGUUGCAUGUUGAGAUAACAUGUUUAACUCUACAGCAAGUGCGAGAGGGUAGAACAAGAGCUUCAUUUCUUGCUGUCGGCGGAUUAGAUAAUGUUGUUCGUAUAUUUGCCAUAGAUAAAGAUAAACAAUUAAAACAGCAAUCCACGCAACUGCUACCAGCUGAAGCUACACCCGAAUCCGUCUGUCUUGCUACGCUGCACCCUGAAAAUUCUAACGAACAACCUGUCUAUCUCUAUGUCGGUUUAAGCACAGGAGUAAUGCUUAGAUCAGUUGUUGACCCUACAACAGGGGCAUUAUCUGAUCAAAGAUGUAUUGACGGCUUCGUUGCUAUCUGCGGGAGCUCUCUGAGGAUAUUUAGGUGUCCGAGGCUAACAGAUAUUUUUUCGUCUUCUUCUUUGUCCUUGUCUUUUACUCCUAGAGCUUUUGCUGUGCUGCCUCAUCUUACUGACUUCACUGAAACAAACGAAGGUGCUUCUAACAGAGUCCCGGCCUUAGCAAUAUGCGAGGCGGAUCACAACGCCUACGAUGAGGCGACGAAGUUAGAGAUACGAAGGGCCCUCAAGGGUAUUAAACUAAGUCACGAUGAAGAGACAGAAGGAGAGACAGAAGAAGACAGCUUAGAUGCUGCUGAUGCUCUUGCAAACUUCAGAGCAGGCGAAGGCAAAUGGGGCAGCUGCCUCCGUAUUGUUAAUCCUUUACUCGCGACAACAAUUGAGAAGCUAACUUAUGAAACAGAUGAAGCAGCAAUUAGCUGCUGCUGCUGCGAGUUCGAGGGGCUGCCGCUGCUGAUAGUCGGAACCGUCACAGCAAUGACUCUAAGACCAAAGAAGAUGGCAGCAGCAUCGAUUAAGGUGUAUGCUUACGACACCAACUUCCGUCUUACCUUCCUUCACUCU